GUACAGCUUCCCUUGAGUUUUGUGUCACGGAUGAGGUGCUCAAGAGCGGGUUUAAGAUUGGGUGUAUGCAUCUGAUGAACCCCAAAAGACAAAACUCAAAAGAGACUGCAAAGAGUGACAACAAUGAUGCAAAAGCCAAUAAGGAAUGGCAGUUUCAGCACAAAAGCAAUUCUCCUCGAAUACAAAAAAAAAAAAAGAACCCCACUCAGAGAAAGCCAAUAAGUGUGUCGCCAGUUCCAAUAUUGCAGCAGCUCCUCUCCGUAUCCUCAGGUCAAACCACGACUUUAAACGACACCGUAUUGAAUUGCGCAUAGACCUCUCUCUCUCUCCCAUGGCCACCGCCGGGCUUCUUCGGUCUCUCCGCCGCCGAGAACUCCACGCAGCUUCUGUCGCUUGGGCGUAUAGAUUCAGUUCUGCUAGCGCCGGCGGGAGGACGACGGAGCUCAGGUUAGACGGAGUCAAAGAUAUAAUCGCCGUUGCGUCUGGUAAAGGCGGAGUAGGAAAGUCUUCGACUGCUGUGAACUUAGCCGUAGCAUUGGCCAACAAAUGUGAACUGAAGAUUGGAUUGCUUGAUGCUGAUGUCUAUGGACCAUCUGUUCCUAUCAUGAUGAAUAUCAGUCAAAAGCCUCAAGUCAACCAAGAUAUGAAGAUGAUUCCUGUGGAGAACUAUGGAGUUAAAUGCAUGUCAAUGGGUCUCCUUGUAGACAAAGAUGCACCACUUGUGUGGAGAGGUCCUAUGGUAAUGAGUGCUCUUGCUAAGAUGACUAGAGGAGUUGAUUGGGGUGAUCUCGAUGUUCUUGUUGUCGAUAUGCCUCCUGGAACCGGUGAUGCUCAGAUUACCAUCUCCCAAAAUCUUAAACUCUCAGGUGCUGUAAUUGUAUCAACUCCACAAGAUGUUGCGCUCGCUGAUGCUAAUCGAGGGAUCUCCAUGUUUGAUAAAGUUAGAGUACCUAUUUUGGGGCUUGUGGAGAACAUGAGUUGCUUCAUUUGUCCUCACUGUAACGAAGCUUCUUUCAUAUUUGGGAAAGAAGGAGCACGCAGGAUGGCUGCAAAGAAGGGUUUAAAACUCAUCGGUGAGAUUCCACUGGAAAUGAAGAUCAGAGAAGGGUCUGAUGAAGGUGUUCCUGUGGUUGUUUCUUCACCUGGUUCUGUAGUAUCAAAAGCUUAUGAAGAUCUAGCUCAAAACGUGGUGAAUGCAUUGAAGGAGCUACGGGAUAAUCCAGAGAAUGAGAUUCAGAUGAAACUUAAUGUUCCACAUUCUAGCGGAUCAUCAUAUAACAAGCCAUGAGAGCCGCCAGAGGCACAAAACCCAAGUUUGUCUUGCUGAGAAUACAAGAGAAGAAUGUAUCUGCAGAGGACAACGGAAAGAGAGACGCACUCUUUUUGGACAAUGUGAAUCAGCAGAUCAAUUAGAUAAGGAAAGUUGAUGAAUCCAAAUAAGAAAUGCAUGUCACAGCAAACAUUCUAUGUUCCGACUUCCGAGUAAGACAUGUUGAGAUGACUUCACAAUGUAUAAGAUGAGAUCACCAAAUUGUAUUUUCAUUAUCUUCUCCCCCUGCAAAGCAAACGAUUACAGAACUACAUUCAAACUAUGGUUUCUCUGCAACAAAAAAAAAAAAAAAAAGAAAGGGAGUUGUCUUUUGCAUUACCAAAACAAUAUCUUUGUUAUAAAGAAUAGUCAGAUGUAAUUCAUGGACACAAGUACAUUUAUAAAACAAUGUUCAAUAAGAAACUUUUUUUUGAAUCCUCUCGUCUAGAAUCAGAUCAAACACUGAAGGAGGGGAGGGAGUUGCCAUUCUUCACGGAACCAAGAUUGGAGAAGGUGAUUUAAUUAAUUACUAGAUUUUGUCAAAGCUCGGGAUUUUUUUCUUUUUAAAAUCUUGAUCAAAUUUUGUUAAUUAUAAUAUUAUGUAUUUUUAUAUAAGAUAAUCUGAUCUAUUUACAAUUUUGUUGAUUUUUUUUAAUGUAUUUAAAAUAUAAUAUGUUAAGACAUGAUAUAAAAAUGUAUUUAUACUCAUAGAUAUUGUUUUAUGAGUUUAAAAAUUAGAUGGAGUGAAUUUUAUAGUUUUUGUAUUGUUUAUUAUACUUACUAGGUUCGUGUCCGCGCUACGCGCGGAUUGUAUGGUUAUAUAAUUUUUUUUAAAUUAGCACAAAUAUAUGACACUCUUUGGUAACUUUAUCCUAAAGAUCUAUAAAUUUGAGCUCGAAAAGUAGUUAAAGAUUUUUUUUUACCGACAACAGAAGAAUCUAAUCUAUUAAAAGAGAAGUACAAAAUUAAACUAACCCUUAAACUUGCACAAUAUUUACAAUAGAAUGCCAUUGCAGUAUUUAAUAUACCUAACAAUAGAUAUUCUUUGUUUUUCCUCUUUUAUUAAUGCAUUUUCCUAAAUUGAUUUUUAACUAAAAACAUGGCAACAAUAAUUUAAGCAAAUCUAAACAAUAAGGAAUAUCAAAACAUGAAUCAGUUGAGACAAUUUUUUUCACGAAGAAGAUGAUUAAUUAGUUUGUACUUUAAUAAUCAUAUCAUGAAUCAGUUGUAAUUUACAAUCCAACUUUUAUAUAUAUUUAUACUAUAGUGUAAAAAAAAAAGACGUAAUAAGUGAAAAAAAUCAUUUUAACCACACGAGAUCAACAUAUGAACACUAAGAAAACAUAUACAAACAUCGUCUAUUUGUUCAAUGAAUAUUAUAUCUUUUUUACGCUCUCCAUAUACUCAAUAUAAUCAAAAUAUCUAUUUUAAUAUAUCUAUAUUAUUAAAAGUGAAGUAAGUAUUAGAAUUUUUUUUUCAUUCUAAUAACUACAUGCGCUACCUAAUUAAUAAUUAUUAAUUAAUUGACAACAAAUCAUUUAUUUUGUUAGAUUUUUCGCUAUCCAAACUUCACACUUAAUUGAUUAACUACAAAUCAUUUAUUUUGUUAAAUUCUUUUCUAACCAAACGUACGAAACUUACGAUUAUUUUCUAACCAGAUUAUUCUGUAACCAAAUUUUACAAUAAAACUAAAAAAAAAUUAUUUAAAAUGUAUCUACAAACUUUAAAUGUUAUAGAUAUAUUCAUAUAUAUCAUUAUUUAUUUCACAUGCAAAAUAUAGACUAUAGAUAUUUUUAUUAAAAUAUAUAAAGUUAUUUUUAAAAUAUAUAUUAAAUAAUUUGAUGAUUAAUACAAUUCACACAUAUAAAUUUAAUUAUAAAAAUACAACAAAUAAAUUUCAAUUUAAUAUUUUCUCAAAAAUGAAAAUAAAAGUGAAAUUUAUUUGGCAUAUAAAAAAAUUAGAGACAUAUAUAUCUAUGUUACUAAAACAUGAUACAUUUAAUUUUUAAAAUAUAGAUUUAUUAAUAUAUAUAAACAUAAUAAUUGGUUCUCUAAUUUAGAAAUAAAUACAUCAAAAUGGUUACUGUAGUCAAAAAUAUAAAUCGACAAAUAUAUUAUAUAAUAUAUUUUUAAUUUGUUUUGUAUUCUACCAUAAUAUGAGAAAUCAACAAAUUACAUACAGUAAAAAUAGUCAAUUUAUCACAAUUACAAAUCGAAUAAAUACCCAUAUGAAUGUAUGUUUGUACAACUAUUAUAUUUUGUAUUGUAAAAAAAAUUAUAUGUCUAUUUUAUUAAAUUAAACACCCGUGCGGAUGCACGGGUCAAACUCUAGUUCUACUUAAUAAAGCAAUUGUUGAUGAUUUUUUUUGGUCCUAAUUGUUAGGGAAUCUCCAACUCUACAUCAUUUUUUUUGAUGUUUGGAGUAAACUCUAAUCCCACUUCAUAAAUAGAGUAACUUUAGUCAUUACUCUAUUUAAGAGUUGAAUAUUUUUUAUUUAUAUAAUAAUACUUUAAAUCUUAAAUAUAUUUAUUUCAUAUUUUUCCUCAUUUUUAUGUGAUACUUAAAUAUUUAAAUUUAAAAAUAAUACAAUAACAUGAAAAUAUGAUUUCCAUAUGAGAAUAUUUAAUAAUUUUAAAUAAAGAUGCAUAAACAAAUAAAAAUACCAAAAAUAAACAUAAAAUAUAAAAUAAAUAAAAUAAGUGAUUUAAUAAUCCGAUAAAUCAUUUAUAGAACUGACAAAAUCAGAAAAGUAUUGUCCAAAUGAUAAAAUAAUGACUGAUUUUAUAAAAACAUUUUGCUUGAUUUAUUAAAAUCAAAGAUUAAAAAACUCAUUAUUCAUUAUAAAAUACAUUAUUUGAACCAAAAUAUGAUAUUUUUUAUAUAUUUAUGACUAUUUUACUUUUUAAUAAUAAAUGUUUAAUAUAAAUAAAUUAUAUUUUUAUGGAAAUUUUGUAAACAUAAAAUAGUUAAGGUUAAUUGGUAAUUUUUUAUAAGUUUAAAGUAUUGUUAACAAUUAUUAAUUAAAUAAAAUUGAAAUUAUUUUGGAAUAAAAAUCGAGUAAUACAUGGGAAUAAGACACAACUUAAUUUUGGUGUUGCACCAUUUUGAACAAAAUUUCAAAGGCCAAAUUAUAUUAAAAUUUUAAUUUAUCUUUUAUAAUAAUUAAGAAUACUAAAAUAGAAUUAUUUAUCAUGAAUUUUUUAUCAGUAUAUAUUUUAAAUAUGAUGUAUCAUUUUCACACUUUUUAUUAAUAAAAGUAAACUCUUAAAAUUAACUAUUAGUAGCUAUUUAUUUAGUUGAGUUUGUAAAUGUAUAUAAUAUAUUAAUGUUGUUUACACAAUUAUAUUUUUAAAUAUUAUAUAUUUAUGCUUAUAAGUUGGAGUACACAACUAUAGAUAUUUUUAUUACAACUGUAGAUAAUAAUAAUUUGAAUUUCGUUUUUGAUUUUAAAUCAGCUAAUAUUCAUUUUGACUUUAAAUGACAUGGCGAGUUUGGAAGUUUUGAUGCUAUUUUUCACCAUAUUGUUUUUUUUGCUUCCGUGAGAACAAAUAGUACCGUACAACUAAAGAUCUAACUGAAAAGGAAAGCAGCAAUCGAAGAGAGGAAACAUCCAAAAGUACAGAGAAGCGUACAUCCUCAUCUUCAACUCUUUCAACCCAUUUCUUUGAGCUGACUUUGCUUAUGUUCAACCUACUACAUAAAAUCACUGGGGAGGGUAGAGCCAAAGGAGAUUUCAGUUGACACUCUUUGACUACCAUCUUAUCUGUUAUAUGGUAAUGGAUGGUCAUGAAAAAUCCCAUGUUCUUCCAGCCGACAUGAUUUGGGCUUUGUAUGUCCAUGUAAGACUGUAUCAACUGGUCAUGAUUUUGCAUAAAUCCACUUUGCAGAAAAUUUGAAACAUGUCUCUUGUAGUUCAGACAUCAUACAUAGUUUCACGUUGUGAAGUGUGGCCUCUACGACAGAAACAUUAAAAAAAUUUACAUGCUCCAGAGUUCUCUGAGUUCCA